GAAAAGAGCGGAAGGCGGAAGUGGGGGCGUGAGCUGCGCGUGGUGGCGAUGGCGGCUAGCGGGGCUGUGGAGCCUGGGGCCGCGGCGGCUACUGCAGCCCCCUCACCCGCUCCGGCCCAGGCUCCAGCCCCCGAGCACUUGUUCCGGCCCAUCAGCGCCGAGGAUGAGGAGCAGCAGCCCACUGAGAUCGAGUCGCUGUGCAUGAACUGUUACCGCAACGGCACGACGCGCCUCCUGCUCACCAAGGUCCCCUUCUUCAGAGAAAUAAUCGUGAGCUCCUUUUCCUGUGAGCACUGUGGCUGGAACAACACGGAGAUCCACUCCGCAGGCAGGAUCCAGGAUCAGGGAGUGCGCUACGCUUUGACCGUCAAGACCCAGGAGGACAUGAACAGAGAAGUGGUGAAAACGGACUCUGCCACCACAAGCAUCCCGGAGCUGGAUUUUGAAAUUCCUGCCUUCACUCAGAAGGGAGCCCUGACCACCGUUGAAGGGUUGAUCAGCCGUGCUAUCUCUGGCUUGGAGCAGGAUCAGCCCACACGAAGGGCAAACGAAGAAGCCGUAGCUGAAAGAAUUGAUGAGUUCAUUGUCAGACUGAAAGAGCUAAAGCGAGUGGCCUCUCCUUUCACUCUGAUCAUUGAUGAUCCCUCAGGAAACAGCUUUGUGGAAAACCCACAUGCUCCCCAGAAAGAUCAUGCCCUGGUGAUCACACACUAUAACCGGACUGUACAACAGGAAGAGAUGCUGGGGCUCCAGGCUGAGGCACCAGAGGAGAAGCCAGAAGAGGAAGAUCUCAGAAACGAAGUGCUGCAGUUCAACACAAACUGUCCAGAAUGCAAUGCUCCGGCUCAGACCAACAUGAAACUAGUUCAAAUCCCCCACUUUAAGGAGGUUAUCAUCAUGGCUACCAAUUGUGACAGCUGUGGCCAUCGGACCAAUGAGGUGAAAUCUGGAGGUGCAGUAGAACCCUUGGGCACCAGGAUCACCUUCCACAUCACACAUCCCUCAGAUUUGACGAGAGACGUGCUCAAGUCUGAGACGUGUAGUGUGGAAAUCCCAGAGCUGGAAUUUGAACUGGGAAUGGCCGUCCUUGGGGGCAAGUUCACCACACUGGAGGGGCUACUGAAAGACAUCCGGGAACUGGUGACCAAGAACCCCUUCACACUGGGUGACAGUUCCAACCCUGGCCGGAUGGAGAAACUGCGGGAGUUCAGCCAGAAGUUAGACCAGAUCCUUGAGGGUAACGUGAAGGCCCACUUUAUUAUGAAUGAUCCAGCAGGAAACAGCUACUUGCAGAAUGUGUAUGCACCUGAAGAUGAUCCUGAGAUGAAGGUGGAGCAUUAUAAGCGCACAUUUGACCAAAACGAGGAGCUAGGGCUCAAUGACAUGAAGACAGAGGGCUAUGAGACAGGCCUGGCCCCACAGCGGUAGUAGUGGAUGGUUCCCGAGCCCGCCUCCAGUGCUGCUCAGACCAAGGGGCUGUUUAUUAGUAUUGGGAAAGGCUGGGGGUGUCCUCCCCACCAGGCCUUGCCCAUGUUGGGGGGAGGACACCUGGUCUGAGUCAGAGAUGUGGGCACAGUCUGUGAACAGUUUGUCACAGAAGUGCAAGCCUGUUGGACCAUAUUUUGGAUGUUUUGAAUUGGCCUGGGAAGAAACCCAGAAAUGAACCAUGGGGCAUGUCAUCAUCGCUUUUUUUCCUGUCGAGUAUUUACCCUCCCUCCACAUAAUGCUCUUGCUAGGGUUGGAACUCUGCAGAUGGAAGACAGCGAUAUCUGGAGUUUGGGAGUUGGUUGGGGAAUAGAAAAUACUGGCUUUCAACAGGAAAAGAGUCUUCUGAGGGGAGGGAGUCAGCACAGGAGAAGUUCUCAUUAAAAUGAUGGCUUUCCAACAGGA